AUGUUUUUAAAAAAAACUUUUGGGGUUGUGAAUGUGCUUGAAAAUCGUUGCUCUCUAAAAUUUUGGAGAGCUGUGAGUGGGGAAGGACCAAGACAGCCUGUUAUUUUACCGGAAAAACGUCAAGUGAUCGAUCGAAGUCAGCCCACUUUUACUGAAAGAAGUCAGUUGAAAUAUGCAAGAAGAUUGGUUGUGAAACUAGGAAGUGCAGUUAUAACUCGAGAAGAUAAUCAUGGGCUUGCACUCGGACGUUUGGCUUCAAUUGUGGAACAGGUUGCUGAAUGUCAUUUAGAGGGUCGGGAGGUUAUGAUUGUGACAAGUGGUGCAGUUGCAUUUGGAAAACAAAAAUUAGCUCAAGAACUUCUCAUGUCAUUAUCAAUGCGUGAAACUCUCUCACCUAAAGAUCCAAAUAGAUCGGACGAAGGAAUGUUUUUAGAGCCUCGAGCUGCUGCUGCAGUAGGUCAAUCAGGACUUAUGUCACUUUAUGAUGCAAUGUUUGCACAAUAUGGCGUAAAAAUAGCACAGGUUCUCGUAACUAAACCUGACUUCUACAACGAAGAAACGCGUAAUAAUUUAUUUUGUACACUGUCCGAAUUAAUUAGUUUAAAUAUAGUACCAAUAAUAAAUACAAAUGAUGCCGUGUCACCUCCAAUGUUUAUUGUAGAUGAUGAUCUUCCAGCAGGUUCCAAAAAGGGUAUAGCGAUAAAGGAUAAUGACAGUUUAUCUGCGAUGCUUGCAGCCGAAGUACAAGCUGAUUUACUCAUUCUUAUGUCGGAUGUAGAUGGUAUUUAUAAUAAGCCCCCAUGGCAAGAUGGAGCUAAGCUGAUGCAUACGUAUACAUUAAAUGAUAGUCGUACUAUUGAAUUUGGUAAAAAAUCGAAGGUUGGUACAGGCGGCAUGGAUUCCAAGGUUAAAGCAGCAACUUGGGCUUUAGAUAGAGGUGUAAGCGUGGUAAUAUGCAACGGCAUGCAGGAAAAGGCUAUAAAAACCAUUAUUGGUGGAAGAAAAGUUGGAACUUUUUUUACGGAGUCAACAGAAGUUUCUGCUACGCCUGUAGAUGUUCUUGCGGAAAAUGCUCGUAUUGGUGGUCGUCAGAUGCAGGCACUUACACCGGAGCAACGUGCAAGCGUCGUGAACACUUUAGCCGAUUUGUUAACAGAAAAAGAAGACUUUAUACUGAACGCUAACGCAAAGGAUGUGAUGGAAGCCCAACGCGUUGGAUUGCCUAAGCCGAUAAUAUCGCGAUUAACUCUAACCUCCGCGAAAUUACGAAACCUCUCGGUUGGACUUAAACAAAUAUCAGACGCUAGCCGUAAGAAUGUUGGUCGUGUACUAAGGCGUACAAAACUGGCAGAAAACUUACAUCUCACCCAAGUUACAGUUCCCAUUGGUGUUUUAUUAGUUAUUUUCGAAUCCCGUCCAGAUUCAUUACCUCAAGUUGCUGCGCUCGCCAUUGCGUCAGCAAAUGGUUUAUUGCUUAAGGGAGGCAAGGAAGCCGCAUUUAGUAACAAAGCUCUAAUGGAGCUGGUUAAGCAAUCCUUAGCUACAGUCGGUGCAGAAAAUGCUGUGUCAUUGGUAUCAACAAGAGAAGAAAUAAGCGAUUUAUUAUCUAUGGAGGAUCAUAUUGAUUUAAUUAUUCCUCGUGGUUCAUCAGAGUUGGUUCGAAGCAUUCAACAACAAUCAGUGCAUAUACCUGUAUUAGGUCACGCUGAAGGAAUAUGUCAUGUGUAUAUUGAUAAAGAUGCAGAUUUAGAGAAAGCAUUGAAAAUUGUUAGGGAUUCAAAGUGUGACUAUCCUGCAGCUUGUAAUGCUAUGGAAACUCUUCUUAUUCAUGAAGAUUUGAUGAGUGGUAACGUAUUUAACGAGGUCUGUAACAUGCUUAAGAGAGAGGAAGUUCAAAUAUAUGCUGGACCAAAGCUGAAUGACAGAUUAACAUUUGGUCCACCACCUGCAAAGAGCCUUAAACAUGAAUAUGGAGCGUUAGAGUGCUGUAUAGAAAUAGUAAAAAAUCUUGGCGACGCCAUUGACCACAUUCACACAUUUGGCAGUGGCCAUACAGAUGUUAUUGUAACUGAAAAUGAAGUGACAGCAAAACGAUUUUUAUCUGCAGUAGAUAGUGCUUGCGUAUUUCAUAACGCCAGUUCGAGAUUUGCUGACGGCUUUCGCUUUGGCCUGGGCGCAGAAGUAGGUAUAUCAACAGCUAGAAUCCAUGCUCGUGGACCAGUGGGCGUGGAGGGCCUUCUCACUACUAAAUGGAUACUUUGUGGUAAAGAUCAUGCAGUAGUUGAUUUCGUAGAAGGUGGUCCAAAAACAUGGCUUCAUGAAGCAGAACCGGUUAAUGAGUAAUUUUAUGUUGAACCACAAAUUUAUUAUUUACAUUUCUCUAAGUCAAAAUGCUUUAUUUUGUAGUAAACGUAAAAUUCACAUCCCGAAAGUACAUAUGAAAAUUUUUAAAAUAUUAAUAAACUUAUGAAAA